AUGUCUGCCCCCGCCCACAAGUUCAAGGUCGCCGACCUUUCCCUCGCCGCCUUCGGCCGCAAGGAGAUCGAGCUCGCUGAGAACGAGAUGCCCGGUCUUAUGGCUACUCGCAAGAAGUAUGCCGCUGACCAGCCCCUCAAGGGCGCCCGCAUUGCUGGCUGCCUUCACAUGACCAUCCAGACUGCCGUCCUCAUCGAGACCCUCACUGCUCUCGGUGCUGAGGUCACCUGGUCUUCCUGCAACAUCUUCUCCACCCAGGACCACGCCGCCGCUGCCAUCGCCGCUGCCGGUGUCCCCGUCUUCGCCUGGAAGGGUGAGACCGAGGAGGAGUACCAGUGGUGCUUGGAGCAGCAGCUCAUUGCCUUCAAGGACAACAAGAAGCUCAACCUCAUCCUCGACGACGGUGGUGACCUCACCCACCUCGUCCACACCAAGUACCCCGAGAUGCUCGAGGACUGCUUCGGUGUCUCUGAGGAGACCACCACCGGUGUCCACCACCUGUACCGCAUGCUCAAGGAGGGCAAGCUCCUUGUCCCCGCCAUCAACGUCAACGACUCCGUCACCAAGUCCAAGUUCGACAACCUCUACGGCUGCCGUGAGUCCCUCGUCGACGGUAUCAAGCGCGCCACCGAUGUUAUGAUUGCUGGCAAGAUCGCUGUCGUCGCCGGUUUCGGUGAUGUCGGCAAGGGCUGCGCCAUGGCCCUCUCCGGCAUGGGUGCCCGCGUCAUUGUCACUGAGGUCGACCCCAUCAACGCCCUCCAGGCUGCCAUGGCCGGCUACCAGGUCACCACCAUGGAGAAGGCUGCUCCUCUUGGUCAGAUCUUCGUCACCACCACCGGCUGCCGUGACAUUCUCGUCGGCAAGCACUUCGAGGUCAUGCCCAACGACGCCAUUGUCUGCAACAUUGGUCACUUCGAUGUCGAGAUCGACGUCGCGUGGCUCAAGGCCAACGCUGCUUCCGUCCAGAACAUCAAGCCCCAGGUUGACCGCUUCCUCAUGAAGAACGGCCGCCACAUCAUCCUCCUUGCUGAGGGUCGUCUUGUCAACCUUGGCUGCGCCACUGGCCACUCCUCUUUCGUCAUGUCCUGCUCCUUCACCAACCAGGUCCUUGCUCAGAUCAUGCUUUACAAGGCCAACGACGAGGCUUUCUCCAACAAGUACGUCGAGUUCGGCAAGUCCGGCAAGCUCGAGAAGAAGGUCUACGUUCUUCCCAAGAUCCUCGACGAGGAGGUUGCUCGUCUCCACCUCGACCACUGCAACGUCGAGCUUACCCAGCUCUCUGACGUCCAGGCUGAGUACCUCGGCCUCGCCACUGAGGGUCCCUACAAGAGCGACCACUACCGCUACUAA